GUUAAAACAGCACAAAGAUGGUGGCCCAUUCUAGAAUUCUCCUCUCUAAGUGUUCCCAGUUCUGUAGAGAAGGAGAAUUUAUCGACAUUCGUUUGAAAGUGGGUGAUAAAUUUUUCCCAGCUCACCGAGUUGUACUUGCUUCAUAUAGCGACUAUUUCCACUCCAUAUUUACUGAUGGGAAAGAAGCAAACCAGGAAGUGAUCGAAAUGAAAGACAAAAGCAUUUCACCAGAGAUAUUCAAGAUCGUUAUAGACUCCAUUUACACUGGUGAUCUUCACGUCAACCAGAAGAGCGUAUUUGAGGUUCUUCUCGCUGCUAGUCAGCUUCAAAUCGCAAGUGUUGUUCAGCUGUGUUGCGAUUUCGUAAAGAAGGAAUUCAUAGAAAACAGAAUUGACCCGAAGAGGUACUCCGCGCUGUGUACAAUCGCCGAAAGACUCGGUCUGAGAGAUCUGCAAGAGGCCGCAGAGGUUAAGAUGGCAUCCGUUUACAAAGAUGUUUGCGAAAGUAAAGAAUUCUUGACUCACAUCAAUGCAGAUCAACUACUCAGCCUUCUUGGUCGAAAUGACCUCAAUUCACCCUCUGAAGCUUUUGUCUUCAAAUCAGUGAUGAAGUGGAUCAAAUACAAAGGAGAAGAGAGGAUGCCAGUCGCUGGAAAAGUUAUCGGAGCUGUUCGCCUGGGGCUGGUAGACGCUAAGAUUGUGAUUGAAGAGUUGAAAACAGAAGAAAUGCAGCGAUUUCCAGAGGUAAACAUGCAUCUGCAAGAAUCCAUGAUGCAUCACAUCAUGCCUUCUCAUGAGUUUGCCGCUGAGAAAGUUAAACCUCGAUCAAUGAGACCGGUGCUCGUUGCCAUUCACCCUACGAUCUGUAUUAGGGUACCCAAGACAUCUCAAAACGCAGAGAGCAUCAAGUACGGUGCGUAUAAUCGUAUGUCACCACAGUGUAUAGCUUAUUUCUUUGAUUUCGAAGCGAAGCUAUGGAAACCUUUGCCAUCUGUGGCACAACCAGAUGAAGAAACUAGAGUAAGUUUGUGUGCUGAACGCAUUGGAAACUACUUAUUUGUAGCUCAACGGAUGCAGGACAAAGUUAAUUUCAUACAUCGAUAUGAUGUGGUAAAUAACUCAUGGGUUAAAUUACCAAAAUACGGAAGCAACCACGAAGUUAACUGCUUGUGUUCUGUUGGUGACUAUCUUUACACCAUUAAUGAGUCAAAUCCUCCUCAAAGGUACAGUUUGACAAAUAACAGUUGGCAAGGUGGAGAAGGCUUAAAAAUAGUAGAAAACCAGGAGAAGUUAAGUACUGUAGCAGCAACGGUAAUGAACUCUAAAAUAUAUGUAAUUCAUGGUUAUCAAAAAUGUGAAAGAGAUGGAAGAUACCUCAGUUGGGUCAAUGCACCAGCUGUGGUUCAUUGUUUUGACCCAAAAUAUAAUUUUUGGACAAAACUCGCCUCAACCUGCCAUCCCCGCCGUGGAUCCAGUCUUUUUGUUGUCAAUAACAAACUGUGUGUGGCGGGAGGAUAUAUUCCUAGCUAUUUUGACCCUACGCGUGUAUCUGUGGAAGUGUAUAAUGAACGUACAAACACCUGGUCUGUAGUGCCUCAGAAACAUAUUCCCCCAAACAACUUGGGUGCAGUUGAAAUAGAGGGGACGGUGUAUUUCAUCAUCAACAAAUUUCCAGUUGACAGUGGGAUAAGAAUUCCACCUGAGGAAAUGUAUCAAGUUGACUUAAGUGACUGGGAAAACUUAGCUAAAGUCCUUGAUAGUGGAGCAGUUUUGUGUUACUUGCCAGUCAAGGGAGAAAACUUGAAGGGAACUUAG